ACAGUUUGAGAAGUCAGUUGUUCAGUCCAGCUCCGUCCAGCCACAGUACAGGAGAAGAUCUGCAGGGCUCUGAUUUUACAAGGCUUGCAAACCGAGAUGGUUCUCCGCCCUCCCCGCGUCCUUCAUGCAACUUUCUGCUGCUUUUGUCUGCUUGUUUUUUUUCUCUCUCCUUCUUUUCAUUCCCUGACCCCUAUCCUGCUGCUCAAGGUAACUUAAAACAGGAAGUUGAGUGUCUGUGAAAGGGGGCGGAGCUGAGAGGGUAAGCAGAGAGGAGGGGGUGACUCUGCCUACAGACGGCUGGCUCAGCCUAUCGUAGCGCAGACUGACUCAGGCUUAUUUGAAGAAUCCAGCGAGGGGCAGGGAUCUCAGAGAUAGGCGGGCUUAGAGUAUCGUUUAGCAAGCUAGAUUGAUUACAGCCGAGUGUUAAAGGGAAAGCAGUCAGGAGAAUUUGUCCCGACUUGUUCUGCUGCUCUGCUUUGCUCUCACACUUCUGUUUCUUUUCACGCUUCCCUUUUUCUCCAUGUCUCCUUCACUUUCUUGCCUGUUUUUUCGGUCACUUGCUCCGAGGCAGGGGUCAGCUGAAAGACAAACAGUAGGGUUGUCAGGCAGAGGCCAACUCCAGGCUCCGGGCGACUCGGACAGGAGAGGAAUGAGAGGGGGUUGUGUGUUUAGGAAAGGGGGGUGGAGAGUGGCUGAAGAAGAUGGGUUAGUGGAAGGGGGAGGGUUUUGAAUGGGGGGGCGGUAGGUGUUCGCGCUCCCCUCAUCUCGGGGCUUUGAACACAGUGGAAGAUCGACUGUCCCACACAGCCUUUUGUCUCCUCCUGGGACAGAGCCUGUGGACUAAAGACAUUUAUGAAGACUUUUGAGAUGCCCUCCUCCUUUUCUGGCAUCCACAACACCGCACAUGAAGGGCAUGGGCAGAUCUGGAGAUGUCGGCAGACUCAUUUGGAGCGGGUGGCAGCGAUGCCCAGCAGAGCUUACAGUCUUUUUGGCCCAGGGUGAUGGAAGAGAUCAGGAAUCUUACUGUGAAGGAUUUCCGUGUGCAAGAGCUUCCUCUCGCUCGCAUCAAGAAAAUUAUGAAACUGGAUGAGGAUGUGAAGAUGAUCAGUGCCGAGGCGCCGGUGCUGUUUGCCAAAGCGGCACAGAUCUUCAUCACAGAGCUCACUCUCAGAGCCUGGAUCCACACCGAGGACAACAAACGCCGCACACUACAGAGGAAUGACAUUGCCAUGGCCAUCACUAAGUUUGACCAGUUUGACUUCCUCAUCGAUAUCGUCCCCCGGGAUGACCUGAAGCCUCCGAAACGACAGGAGGAAGUUCGUCAGUCUGUGGCCCCGACUGAGCCUGUCCAAUAUUACUUCACGUUGGCGCAGCAGCCUAGCGCAGUGCAGGUCCAAGGGCAGCAGCAGGGCCAGCAGGUCUCCGCUCCCACCGCCACCACACUACAGCCCGGCCAGAUUAUCAUCGCUCAGCCUCAGCAAGGCCAGGUAUUGCAGGGAACCACCAUGCAGCAGCUGCAGCAGGUGCAGGUCGCUCAAUCUCAGGCGACCCCCAUCACGAGUGCUCCGGUGACCAUGCAGGUGGGCGAGGGUCAGCAGGUGCAGAUCGUCCAGGCUGCUGCACAGGGACAGGCCCAGGCACAGACAGCACAGCCAGCCGGACAGACCAUGCAGGUCAUGCAGCAGAUCAUCACCAACACAGGAGAGAUCCAGCAGAUUCCAGUGCAGCUCAACACUGGCCAGCUGCAGUACAUUCGCCUGGCUCAGCCCGUCUCAGGAACACAGGUGGUUCAAGGACAGAUACAGACACUCGCAGCAAACACUCAGCAGCUUUCACAAACAGAAGUACAACAGGGUCAGCAACAGUUCAACCAGUUUACUGACGGGCAGCAGCUCUAUCAGAUCCAGCAGGUGACGAUGCCGGCAGGACAGGAGCUGACCCAACCCAUGUUCAUCCAGUCCACCAAUCAGACAGCUGACGGGCAGGUCACUACGCAGGUCAGCGCAGACUGAGCCCAUCCAUCAUGAAGCCCCCCCGGCACUAUCAAAACAGUGGAGGAGGAGACAAACAACACCCAAACCUUCCACUUCCCAUCAUCUCUUCAUCAAGACGUCAAUCCAGAAACCCAAUAAUAAACCUUAGAUUCAAGCUUCCCAUAAUUUACCGUCCAAAAACAGUUUGGGUCUCUUCACUGAGUGAUGGAAGGAUCAAUGUAUAGCGGCAGAGGUUUGCUUUCUGCCAUUGAUUUCAGCUACGUGUCUUCUGCAAUAUGGAGUAUGAACCACUGUCUUCCUCACAGUAUAGGUUGAUAUGUCCUCGUUUCAUAGUUGGGCUAGAGAUUAUGCUUCAGUGAUAGUGAUAUUAGGGUAAAACCAGAGCUGAAGGGCACUUGGGCUUGUACAGUGGUCUUUAUUUUUUAAUUUCUUUUAUUAAGCCCUCACCCAGAUCAUGCCAUCUCAUGAUGUGUAGACUUCUAAACUCGAUGAUUAAAAGCCAUAAUCUACACAUUCUGUAUCUCUGUAGUUUGGUUCUGUGAUUGAUUAGUAAUGGUAAUAGUUCUGUUGUAGUAUCUCUUGUAUAGUUUUUGAUAAGGUUGUGUUUGUUAAAGGGCUUCUUCUUGUUGGGUUUUCUACAUGCAGAAUGGUCCCCCCCCCCUCUCUCUCUCUCUCGGUGUGAAUGUGUUUGAAUGUGCUUUUUCCUUGCGUGUCUUUCUGGACCACAUUUAAAGAGGCUUCCUCUGCUGGAAACGGAACAGCUCUAUUGUUACCUUCCUAAUGAAAUAAAACCCUUUUUAUAUAAACAUUUUAAUUAUUAUUUUUUUUAAAUCACCCUUUUGUUGUUUUUUCAUAUCAUAAAUGUUGGUCGUGUUGUUAUUUUGCAUGUAGUUAUGACUGCCAGCAUGAUAUGCAAUACCUAGGUACAGAUUUUAUUUUUGUGUUUUGUGUUUAUUUUGUAAACAGACCUUGGUUUGUGAAAAAAUAAAAUCAUAAAAAUGA